AUGUCUUCUGUUGGAAAGAAACACACCAAGACCCAGUCAACUUAUGCGUUCGACAAUACCGCAACUAACGUUGCCGCAUCUCAAAUGCGUAACUCCUUGAACAGUCUUGCUGACACUGUCAGUGAUCAAGACAAGCAAGCCAGAUUUGAAAAUGAAAUGGACUCAUUUUUCGCCCUUUUCAGAAGAUAUCUUACUGAUAAGGCUUCUGGCUCAACUUUAGACUGGGACAAGAUCAAAUCUCCAAGUCCAAGUGAAGUUGUUCAAUACGGAUCUUUGAAAUCGGAAGAAUCCAGUAACUUGAGCAAAUUGGCAGUUUUGAAGUUGAAUGGUGGGUUAGGUACUUCUAUGGGAUGUGUUGGACCAAAAUCUGUCAUUGAAGUUAGAGAUGGAAAUACCUUCUUGGAUUUAUCUGUUAGACAAAUUGAACACUUGAACAGAAAGUAUGAUGCUGAUGUUCCAUUAUUGUUAAUGAACUCUUUCAAUACUGAUAACGAUACCGCCAAGAUCAUUAAGAAAUACCAGGGUCACAGAAUCAGAGUUAGAACCUUUAAUCAAUCUAGAUUCCCAAGAAUCUACAAGGAUUCCUUAUUGCCAGUUCCAGAAACGUUUGAUGACGAUUUAGAAAAGUGGUACCCACCAGGACAUGGUGAUUUGUUUGAAGCUUUAGUCUCUUCAGGUGAAUUAGACAACUUAUUAAGUCAAGGUAGAGAAAUUUUGUUCGUCUCCAAUGGUGAUAACUUGGGUGCUACUGUCGAUACCAAGAUUUUAGAUCACAUGAUUGAAACAAAUAGUGAGUACCUUAUGGAAUUGACUAACAAGACAAGAGCUGAUGUCAAGGGUGGUACUUUAAUCAACUACGAUGGUCAAGUUAGAUUAUUGGAAAUUGCACAAGUUCCAAAGGAACACGUUGAAGAUUUCAAGUCCAUUAAGAAAUUCAAAUACUUCAAUACUAAUAAUUUAUGGAUCAAUUUAAAGGCCAUCAAAAAAUUGGUUGAAGGCAAUGAAAUUCAAGCUGAAAUUAUUCCAAAUCUGAAGACCAUUGUCACUGGAAAGCUGGAAAUCAAUGUCUUACAAUUGGAAACCGCAGUCGGUGCAGCCAUUAGACACUUCAAUGGAGCACACGGUGUUGUGGUGCCUAGAUCUAGAUUCUUACCAGUUAAGACAUGUUCAGACUUAUUGUUGGUUAAGUCCGAUUUAUUCUUCUUAGAACAUGGUGCAUUGAAAUUGGACCCAACCAGAGAAGGAUUUGCAAACCCAUUGAUCAAAUUAGGUUCCCACUUUAAGAAGGUUAGCGGUUUCCAAGCUAGAAUCAGUCAUAUGCCAAAGAUUUUAGAAUUAGACCAUUUGACCAUUACAGGAAAUGUCACAUUGGGUAGAGACGUCACCUUGAAGGGAACUGUUAUUGUUGUUUGUAACGAUGGGGAUAAGAUUGAUAUUCCAAAUGGGUCCAUCUUGGAAAAUGUGGUUGUAACUGGUAACUUGACUAUCUUGGAGCAUUGA